AUUCGCCCGUUUCUCAGAGACCUUGAACAUGCUCAUGGGACCCAUACAUACGAUGGACCCGAGCCUCCGAGCUGAUCGCGAGGCCCUCUUCGGUGGAGCAGGCGGUGGUACCCAGACAAGAACCUACACCACGCCAGGAGGGCGUGCGACCUUCUCUAUCACCACCAGCUCUGGAGGCCGCGGGAUGCACGGCCCUGACCCUGACCUCGAAGACAACUUUGGCAUGAUCUUUGGCCAUGCCAUGCGCGGCGGCGGCAUCCUUGCCCCCAACGUAGGCCAUCCAGGCCUCGAUGGCGGCAUGCAGGGUCUGUUCUCCCUCCUGUUGGGCGGCCCCGGUAUGGGCGUAGGCGCUCAGGAUGCCGUCCAUGGUGAUGCCGUCUAUUCUCAGGAGGCUCUGGACCGGAUAAUCACGCAGCUGAUGGAGAACAGCCCCCAGUCGAACGCGGCGCCACCCGCAAGCGAGACAGCCAUCAACAACCUACUUAAGAAAAAGCUGGACAAGGAAAUGACGGGCGAGAGCGGCAAGGCCGAGUGCACCAUAUGCUUAGAUGAGAUGAACAUCGGAGACGAGGUGACCGUAUUGCCCUGCAAGCAUUGGUUUCACGGGGAGUGUGUGGUGCUGUGGCUGAACGAGCACAACACCUGUCCUAUCUGCCGAGCGCCGAUCGAG